AUGGCACAGGCUGGGACCCGGUUAUGCUACCUUGUCGUCAACCCGGCAUGGCUUUACGCUGGCAUUGACCAAUUUCCCGUCUCAACAGACUCGCUACGGUUAACUACUAUGUUACCCGCUAAUUCCAAGAAAGCAGAGGCAGAAUGCGUUCUUUGCGGAGCGCUCAAGUCACUAUGCCUGGCAUGUCUCAUGGGCCGACGUAACGACGUCGAUGGUGCCGCCAGCUUGCCCCUAUCCAACAUCAGGAAUGCUGAUUCCGACCUGGAUGCUCGGGGAGGAUCCCGCCAGUCAAUUGAGUUUGAACUUGCGAUUAUCCGCCAGAAGAACGAUAUUACCGGCCACAUAUAG